AUGGUCUUGACAACUUGGACCGCGCUGUGUAUGCUCUACAGUUGGUGGAUGCUCAGGGUCAGCCCAUGGCAUGGUUUGACCUGCGUGGAAAAGCCGGCUGUUACAGCCUUAGCCACAGCAGAGCCUCGCACCACAGAAGGGCCAGAGUCAGUGGUGGAAGGUCUAGUAACCUUGACGCUCAGGCUUCCAGCUGAAGCCAUGGAAGAACUUUUGAAGUCUUCUGGGAAAGCUCACAGCCAUAUCAUGUCACUGCUGGAGUAUGACAGAUGGGAGGCAACAUGUGACCUCCUCCGAGCCUGUGGUGAAGCAUUGCGCUCUCCAGAACCUCCUCCAGCACGUGGCCAUGAGAGCAACAACAGCGAUGAUGACGACAGUAUGGGAGCCCACGAAGAGACAGAAAGUGAAAAGAUGAGGAGAUAUAUGAAUGAUGAGAUGUGCAAAGUCUCAGGCCCUGACCUAUGGACUGAGAUGCACUAUGGCCCAGCAGAAGCCAGGGACGAUCAAGAAGAAUUCUGA